GCCAAUAACAAUCCGGGCUCGUGCAGCCUCGUCACACAGGCUGUGUGAACGGUGGGCAGCGGCAGUUCUCAGCCUCGCGCUGCAGAAUGGCGGGAGGACGGCGGGGUCUCGUGGCCCCCCAGAACACUUUCCUGGAGAACAUCGUCCGCAGGUCCAACGACACCAACUUCGUCCUGGGCAACGCUCAGAUCGUGGACUGGCCCAUCGUCUACAGCAAUGAUGGCUUCUGCAAACUGUCUGGCUACCACCGAGCUGAGGUCAUGCAGAAGAGCAGCACCUGCAGCUUCAUGUACGGGGAGCUGACGGACAAAGAGAUGACGGAGAAAGUUCGACGGACGUUUGAAAAUUACGAGAUGAACUCAUUUGAGAUUCUGAUGUACAAGAAAAACCGGAUGCCAGUUUGGUUUUUUGUCAAAAUUGCUCCGAUCAGGAACGAGCAGGACAAAGUGGUUCUUUUUCUCUGCACCUUCAGUGACAUCACCGCCUUCAAACAACCAAUUGAGGAUGACUCUUCAAAAGGUUGGGGUAAAUUUGCCCGUCUGACUCGUGCAUUGACUAGCAGUCGAGGAGUUCUUCAGCAGCUCGCUCCGGCUGUUCAUAAAGGAGAAAACGUCCACAAACACUCACGGCUGGCAGAGGUUCUGCAGCUGGGUUCAGAAAUUUUGCCUCAGUACAAACAGGAAACACCGAAGACUCCACCGCAUAUCAUCCUGCACUACUGCCUCUUCAAGACCACGUGGGACUGGGUCAUCCUCAUCCUCACCUUCUACACGGCCAUCAUGGUGCCCUACAACGUCUCCUUCAAAACCAAACAGAACAACGUCACCUGGCUGGUGGUGGACAGCAUUGUGGACGUCAUCUUCCUCGUGGACAUCGUCCUCAACUUCCACACCACCUUUGUGGGCCCGGCAGGGGAGGUCAUCUCUGACCCAAAGCUCAUCCGUAUGAACUACGUCAAGACCUGGUUUGUCAUUGACCUACUGUCAUGUCUGCCUUAUGAUGUCAUCAACGCCUUCGAAAACGUGGAUGAGGGGAUCAGCAGUCUCUUCAGCUCCCUCAAAGUGGUCCGUCUGCUGCGUCUGGGUCGGGUUGCCAGGAAGCUGGACCACUACAUUGAGUAUGGUGCCGCUGUGCUGGUUUUACUCGUGUGCGUGUUCGGCCUAGCGGCCCACUGGCUGGCCUGCAUCUGGUACAGCAUCGGAGACUACGAGGUCAUCGAUGAGGACUCGAACACAGUGAGGCUGGACAGCUGGUUGUACCUGCUGGGAGAGACGGUGGGGACGCCGUACAGAUUCAACACCUCUGGGUCGGGCCGCUGGGAAGGCGGGCCCAGCAAGGACUCGGUCUACAUCACCUCGCUGUACUUCACCAUGACCAGUCUGACCAGCAUCGGCUUUGGCAACAUUGCACCGAACACAGAUGGAGAGAAGAUCUUUGCUGUGGCCAUGAUGAUGAUCGGCUCUUUGCUCUACGCCACCAUCUUCGGUAACGUCACCACCAUCUUCCAGCAGAUGUAUGCCAACACCAACCGCUACCAUGAGAUGCUCAACAGUGUGAGAGACUUCCUUAAACUCUACCAGGUCCCCAAAGGCCUCAGCGAGAGGGUGAUGGACUACAUUGUGUCUACCUGGUCGAUGUCCAGAGGCAUUGACACAGACAAGGUGCUGCAGAUUUGUCCCAAGGACAUGCGAGCGGACAUUUGUGUCCACCUGAACAGGAAGGUGUUCAAGGAGCACCCAGCGUUCCGUCUGGCCAGUGACGGCUGCCUGCGAGCCCUUGCCAUGGAGUUCCAGACCUCCCACAGCGCACCGGGCGACCUCAUCUACCACGCUGGAGAGAGCGUGGACAGCCUCUGCUUCGUGGUGUCGGGGUCGCUGGAGGUCAUCCAGGACGACGAGGUAGUGGCCAUUUUAGGUAAAGGCGACGUGUUUGGUGACGUCUUCUGGAAGGAGAUGACUCUCGCUCAGUCCUGCGCCAACGUGCGAGCGUUGACCUACUGUGACCUCCACGUCAUCAAGCGGGACGAGCUGCAGAAGGUUCUGGAGUUUUAUGCCAACUUCGCCAACCACUUCGCCAGGAACCUGGUGCUCACCUACAACCUGAGGAAGCGGAUCAUUUUUCGGAAGAUCAGCGAUGUAAAACGCGAGGAGGAGGAGAUGCUGAAGAGAAAGGAUGAAGCUCCUCUGAAUCUCCCUCCCGACCAUCCAGUCCGGCGACUCUUCCAGCGCUUCCGGCAGCAGAAGGAGGCCAGGCUUGCUGCAGAGCGCGCCGCUCAUGGAGCCGAUGUGGAGAAAGGCAUCGUUCGCCUCGAGUCGGCGAGAGGCCCCGAGGUUCUAGCCUCCACCAGCAUCGUUAUGGUGACGGAGAGCCCAGCCACACCUGUCACAUCCUCUUCAUCCACAGUGUCCUCGUCAUCCAGGUCCUCCAGCAGAGCCAUUCUACACACUGCUACUGCCCCAAACGGCAACCUGACUGGCUGCAAGUCUGCAGAGCCACCCAAAGGUAAAGGCUGGGGGCGAUUCAAGGAGUCUGUCGUGAAAGCAGAGUCCUGGAGCAGCGUUUCCAAAGCUGAGUCCAUGGAGACGCUGCCUGAUAGAACUAAAUCUCAUGACGGGACACCCCUCAAGAAAACCGACUCCUGCGACAGUGGCAUCACGAAGAGCGACCUCCGCUUGGACAACGCCGGUGAUGCCAGAACCCCCCAGGAGAGGAGCCCGGUCCAGUGCGAUGAGAAGAGGGUCUUCUGUCCGAUACCGGAGCAGAGCAUUCUAGCCUCUUUCCUCGAGCUCAAACAGGAAUUAAGAGGAGACAUCAGCUCUCUGAACACUCGCAUGGCAGUGCUGGAAACUCAGUUAGCCGAGAUGCUUCGGCUGCUCAAAUCCAGGAAGUCCUCGGGCUCAUUCUUUGAGAUCUCUCGGCCUCCGUCCCCAGACUCUGAUAAGGACACCUUCUCUUAAAACAGCUUCUGGCUGCAGUGUGAAGCUGACAUCACACAGGACAUAAGCUUUGAGACGUUACAGACUAAAGCUACAACAAUAAUCAAUCUGGGUUUACUGUAGAUGAUCCUCAGGAGGGUUUGGAGUCUUCAGACCUUAAUGUGAUAAUGGCAAUAAUAGCAGGCAUGGCUUUAACGGGACUGUGAAACUGUGACAGAAAGUGAGUUUGUAGCUUUGAGAUGAUCAUGAAGUGUUCAGUUCAUCCCAGCCUCCGUAUAUCCAUCCGUGAGAGACGGCUUCUAGUUAACAGAGCCGCUGUGCUGAAAUUAAGACCGGAGACCUUGAAAUGUUUGUGGUUUGAUCUGGAUGAUGAUGAAAUUGUUCCUGUAAAAGCAUUAAAUGUGAUCGAUUCACACCAGGAGACUGUUGAACAAACCUAGGAACCGGCAGGUUUGAGACAAAUGUAGGUUCCACUGAUGAGAUGUGUCUGUAGCUUUGAUAAUCAGUGUGACGCAUUUAGGGAUGCGCUGGUGAAGCAGAGUCUGAGCGUUUUUGAUUCCCAAAUUUAAUGUGAACUUUACUUUCAAAUUGGAUGUUUCCAGAUUGAAGCGUCUUCAGCUAUUAACAACAUUCACAUCAUCAUUGAAGUUUAUGUAUUGCUGAUCCCACUCUGUAAAUGUUGCCAGGCGUUGCCCCACCCAUGACUGUUUGUGAGCUGAUCACAUCUGAUACCGUCAGGUUGCUUUUUUUUCAUGUCCACUGUGGCUGCAGCUUGAGUCAAUGCUUCGAUUCUUCACUUAAACCUGCCAUAUGCAACAUUUGGGAGUCAAACCAAGAAACUAAACAAAUGACAGCAAUGUCAAAAUGUUCCAUUUAAGCAGAAAUAACUGAAGGGCGGAUCUGUGCGCGAACUGUUAGAACGUAUCCAGGCCGUCAGAACAGAUGACGUGUGAAUCUACCAAGUAACUGCUUUAACUCUUCAGUCGUCUCCUUUCUUUAUUUCGUAGAUUAAUGAGCAAAGGUCCUAAAGUGAAAUAUUAAAUAGUCACACACUUUUCUUGUUAAAUCCCUUGUCAACGCUUUCAGAGUUGUCCAGGGCCCGGUGCCAGUAUUUGACCGGUGUUUGUUCUUUGGCACCGUCUUUGGAGCAGAUGUGCACAGAGGCUCAGCCCAGAAGCCAGUACUGAACAUCAGCACAGCUACUGGGCCUCUGUCACAAAGCUGGUCUGAAAGCUGCUGCAAGGUCGUUGCCACAUUUCACUCUGAACCAAAGUGAAGCAGUUUUAGCAGAUGUUCAUGGUGGCUUUUGCCUCCAAGUUCUGGUACUUUCUGCUGCUUAUGUGACAUUUUCUUCUACCUGGUCAUGUGACCUAUUGGGCUGGCUACCUUUCAUUUGAGCAUGAGCCACAAAAUGAAGUGACAAAUGUGGGAAGUGGAAGCUGGUCAUUACUGUAGAUCCAGUGUGUGUUGCCCAGAGGCGGCAGCUCGUCUUCCUUUGACUUGUUCCUGACCACCAGCACCUGUUCAUGUACUACAGGGAUGUUGAGCUUCCUCGAUAGAGGCUGACUGAAGUUUGUUCCUGUAGAUGAAUAUCUGUGGCAUUAACUGAAUCAUCUUCCUUCAUCUAAGAUGUGACAAAACAAAACCCUUUCAUUUGGAGUCAUAUUAAUAUAAUGGAAAUUAUGAUGACAUGUCUCCUGUUCUGUGUUCUGUGUCCUGUGCAGCUGUGUCUAUGGUCCUAAUAUGCAAACAUUGCUGUGUGUGCUGUUUAUGGGCACAGCAGCACCACUGAUGCACUUUGAUCGUCCAUCGUCUCUGCAUGACGCUGAAACCUGCCUCGCUAAACACUGUGCAUGAAGAGCACGUCUAUCACGUAUGCACUGGUUUAGAGGAAGCACUGUAGGAAUGAAAAUGUCAAAUCAGCAAAGAGCGUUUAUAAAAGAUAAUCAAUAAAUGUUUUUUUUACUUUGCA